CCGGUGCUUAUUCAGUGUCUAAAAGUUGUUCUCUCUCUGCCGUUUUCUUGUCAUCCGCCGCCAGUUCUGAGACGCCUCAGCGUUACAAUUCAGGGGACGAGCAGUAAAAGAAUAAUGGUUUUCCGGGCUCUCAUUUUAACUGCCAUUAUGUGUUGUAUCGGAAAUUUUUGUGACGGGAGGGAGGACAAAGAAGUCUUUGGAAGAGUAGGAGGAGAAGUUACACUGAAGCCCACUGUGGUCCAGCCCAUCACCAGCAUCACAUGGAAAAACGGCCUGAACAAGGCAGCAGAGUGGGACAGAAAUUCAAACAUUGAUUAUUAUACCAGAUGUAAGUCUGCUGGACCAAGGUGUCGACUGAAUACUACAACUGGGGAGCUUACAAUUAUGCAGUUAACGCUGAAUGAAGAACUGGAUUUAUCUCCUGAAAUAAAUGAAAUUGCAGCUCAGUCAUUUUUUUCAGUUAUUGUACUUGAACCAGUGUCCAAACCCAGUGUCAGGCAAACCUGUGACAAUAACCAGUGUACUUUGGUCUGUGAGGGAGAGAGCACCACAUAUACCAAGUACUCCUGGAAGGAGAACAAUGAGAUGGUAGCAGAUGAUACCACAACACUCCAUGUUCAGAAGAGUGAUAAGCUGGAUAAAAUCUACACGUGUGUGAUCAGUAACCCUGUGAGUUCGGAGGAGAGUGACUCUGUCAAGGAAUCGGAUUUAUUUCCAGGGAGGGAAGUGAAAGAGGUCUUUGGAAGAGUAGGAGGAGAAGUUACACUGAUUCCUAAGGUGGAGAAGCUCAUCACCAGCAUCACAUGGAAAAACGGCCUGAACAAGGCAGCAGAGUGGGACAGAAAUUCAAACAUUGAUUAUUAUACCAGAUGUAAGUCUGCUGGACCAAGGUGUCGACUGAAUACUACAACUGGGGAGCUUACAAUUAUGCAGUUAACGCUGAAUGAAGAACUGGAUUUAUCUCCUGAAAUAAAUGAAAUUGCAGCUCAGUCAUUUUUUUCAGUUAUUGUACUUGAACCAGUGUCCAAACCCAGUGUCAGGCAAACCUGUGACAAUAACCAGUGUACUUUGGUCUGUGAGGGAGAGAGCACCACAUAUACCAAGUACUCCUGGAAGGAGAACAAUGAGAUGGUAGCAGAUGAUACCACAACACUCCAUGUUCAGAAGAGUGAUAAGCUGGAUAAAAUCUACACGUGUGUGAUCAGUAACCCUGUGAGUUCGGAGGAGAGUGACCCUGUCAAGGAAUCGGAUUUAUUUCCAGGGAGGGAAGUGAAAGAGGUCUUCGGAAGAGUAGGAGGAGAAGUUACACUGAUUCCUAAGGUGGAGAAGCUCAUCACCAGCAUCACAUGGAAAAACGGCCUGAACAAGGCAGCAGAGUGGGACAGAAAUUCAAACACUGAUUAUUAUACCAGAUGUAAGUCUGCUGGACCAAGGUGUCGACUGAAUACUACAACUGGGGAGCUUACAAUUAUGCAUUUAAAGCUGAAUGAAACACUGGAUUUCUCUGCUGAGAUAAAUGGAAUGGCAGCUCAGUCAAUUUUUACAGUGAUUGCAAUUGAACCAGUGUCCAAACCCAGUGUCAGGCAAACCUGUGAGAAUAACCAGUGUACUUUGGUCUGUGAGGGAGAGAGCACCACAUAUACCAAGUACUCCUGGAAGGAGAACAAUAAGACCACAGCAGAUGAUAAUACAACACUCCAUAUUCAGAAGAGUGAUAAGCUGGAUAAAAUCUACACGUGUGUGAUCAGUAACCCUGUGAGUUCGGAGGAGAGUGACCCUGUUAAGGAAUCGGAUUUAUUUCCAGUGAUGGAGGUGAAAGAGGUCUUUGGAAUAGUACGAGGAGAAGUUACACUGAUUCCUAAGGUGGAGAAGCUCAUCACCAGCAUCACAUGGAAAAACGGCCUGGACAAGGCAGCAGAGUGGAACUCAGUGAAUGGAACUGUUUUUUAUACCAUAUGUAAAGUUGGACAGAGGUGUCAACUAAAUUCUACAACUGGGGGGUUUCACAUUAACAUUUUAAAGUUGGCUGAAACACUGAAUUUCACUGCUGCAAUAAAUGGAAAUGCACCUAUAUCCUGUUUUUCAGUGAUAAUACUGGAACCAGUGUCCAAACCCAGUGUCCGGAAAACCUGUGACAAUAACCAGUGUACUUUGGUCUGUGAGGGAGAGAACACCACAUAUACCAAGUACUCCUGGAAGGAGAACAAUAAGAUGGUAGCAGAUGAUAACACAACACUCCAUGUUCAGAAGAGUGAUAAGCUGGAUAAAAUCUACACGUGUGUGAUCAGUAACCCUGUGAGUUCGGCGGAGAGUGACCCUGUCAAGGAAUCGGAUUUAUUUCCAGGUGGCCGUGGUCGAAUCAUCCUAUGUGUUGUUUCAGCAAUUUUUGUAGCAGCUGUAUGUUGUGUAAUUGUUUUAUGCUACAAGAAAAAAGCAGUCCAUCUGAUGAAUGAGAGACCAGACAACACAGAAGCAGUCCGUCUGAUGAAUGAGAGACCAGACAACACAGAAGCAGUCCGUCUGAUGAAUGAGAGACCAGACAACACAGAAGCAGACCGUCUGAUGAGUGAGAGACCAGACAACACAGAAGCAGACCGUCUGAUGAGUGAGAGACCAGACAACACAGAAGCAGACCGUCUGAUGAGUGAGAGACCAGAAAACACAGAAGACCGUCUGAUGAGUGAGAGACCAGAAAACACAGAAGCAGACCGUCUGAUGAGUGAGAGACCAGAAAACACAGAAGCAGACCGUCUGAUGAGUGAGAGACCAGAAAACACAGAAGCAGUCCGUCUGAUGAAUGAGAGACCAGACAACACAGAAGACCGUCUGAUGAAUGAGAGACCAGAAAACACAGAAGAUACUGUUAAAUUUGAAGACAAUAAUGGAGAGCAUGUUGAGAUGCAGAUGGGACCUUAGUGUGAGUCACUCUGACAUACAGGUGUGACCAAGCCGCAGAUGAGGACACAUAAGGGAUAACCAAAAACUGGUCAAAAUGUAAAUUGUGAGACAAUUUACAGCUGUUGAAAUAACUGAGACCACUCUAUAUUUUUAAACAAAUCUGCAUUUUUAAAUCAUGGUUUAAUCGUGGUUUUUGCUGGCAGAAGACUAAGCUGAGCUGCAGGAUGCGUUGAGGUUCAAAAUUUGUAAGACAGCAGUGCACAAGAAUAAGGUGAAGCAGGAGUAACUGGGAACGACCAGAAACCAGCCAGGUCAAGGACGGAAGUGACAUUCUAAUGCCAGAGAUGACCGUUAACUUAUCCAGCAGUUCCUCAUGAAUCGUAGAAUGACAGCAAGUGACUUUCAAAAGGAACAGGAAACAUUUAGUGCAGGUGUGAAGCGCACUGUUAGGACAGUGUGUAUCAGGCUCCUAGAAGCAAGACUGAAGGCCCAUAAAGCAAGGAAGAAGCCCUUCAAUAAUGAGAAACAGGGAAGAACCAGGCUGCAGUUUGCAGAAAAAUAUAUAUUAAUAUAAUAAUAUAAUAUUAUUCACAGAAGUACACACAUAAACCGAGAAAUGAGUGAAACAAAAACAUUUUCCACAGCCGUACAUUUUUAAAUAUUGUUCAUUCAUUUUAAAUAUUUAUUAUUAGGGGAAUUUGUUUUUUGUACUUUGCGAAAAUUCAAGAAAAAUGUAUUACAGAAUCAAAUUGAGGUUGAGUUCCUUUUAACUUCCAAAGUUUACAUGAAUGUUGAUGUUACUCAGUAUGUGGUUCCUGAGAGGUGCCAAUUAUUAAUUUCCUCACCCUGAUUUCACUGGAACUAAACUGCAAUGUUACCAUGGUGCUUAGCAGAGGUGGAUAAUUCAGGUCCAGAAUGUAAUAAUCCAGUCCCAGAUUUUGUUUCAACCUACCAGCUGAGUUCUCUCUUACUGUGAUUCUUUAUGCUGAAUUGGUUGGUUGAAACAAAUCUUGGUCUGGAUUUUAGCUGUAUAAAUUAUAAAUCAUGGGUUUCUUUUGGGUAUUAUAUUGGACUUAUCUGUAAGAGGAAGUUACAUUCUGAUACGAGUUAAAUAAAUACCAAAAUGUUAUUUUUAUACACUCGUUUUAUGCGCUUUUUUAGUCAGUUAAAAAAAAACUGCACUUUAACAGUCUUAACAGUUUUCCUAGCUAAUAUUAUCCUUUGUUUAUUUUUGGUAGCAUUUUACUUGAGGGGGCACUUGUUCCUUCGUAGCUCAUUAGUAGUUCACAAAGGUUUACAGCAUUAACAGCUCAUUAACAGUUAGCAACAAAUAAAGUAACUACUGUAAAACCUCGCAUUGCGAGCAUAUUUCGUUCCAGAAACGUGCUCGUAAUCUAAAGCACUAGUAUAUCACAGCAAAUUUUCCCAUUAGAAAUAAUGGAGACUCAUGAUUCGUUCCACAACCCAAAAAUAUUAAUAAAAAACUAACGAUUAAUACAAAAUAUAAAGUAAAAAUACAUAACACAAAUUAACCUGCAAUAUACCUUUGAAAAGAAUAGUGGAUGGUGUGAGGGAGAGGAGAAGAGGAGGGUUAAUUUGUAGGAUAAUAUUCAGUAUAACUAACGGAAUCACUGCGAUCUGUUGGCUCACUUAGGUUCCUUGUUAACGUCACAAAAAAAAACUCAUCUACUGACAGCCGCUUUUGCCUCCUUUUCCAUUUCGCGGAAAUGUGGACAUUGCAUUUUCGUUAAACAGAUUCAUCGCUCGCACUGCUACACCCUUAUUCGGGUGGUGCUUUUCUACUAAAUUUUGACUACACGAGUGAAGCACGCUGAUUGAGACCGAACAUGGGAGACGAUUACCCACAAUCCCACAGCGAGAAAGAGAAGAACCAUCGGCUCAGUUGUGAUCACGUGAUGCUAGGCAGGUAAAGCGUAUACGUAAUACUCGUAUUGCAAGCCCUCGCUCAUUUAUCAAGGUAAAAUUAAUUUUAAAAUUUUGCUCGUCUUGCAAAACACUUGCAAACUAAGUUACUCGCAAUCCGAGGUUUGACUGUACUUCAGAUAAAAGAUACAUCAUGAUUCAUUACUGAGGAUCGAACAUGAGAUCAGUAUUUCACCUUUCUUAAUCAUUAUUUGUUCCAUCAUUAGCCCCUUCAGUAGCUCACAAUUUAACAGAUAUUAUGCCAAAUAUAGUGCUUGAGAUAAUAGAUGCAUCACAAUUCAUUAAUGAUGAACAAACAUGAGAUCUUUAUGCAACUAAGACUUUGUGGUUAAUUAAUACAUAACUAAAAGAUUAAUAGUUCAUACGAUAUUAUUUGUCCUCAAGUAAAAUGUUACCUAAUUUUUUGUUAUUUCCUAUUUUUUGUUAUUUUUGUUUUUUUUUCUGGAUUUGAUGCAACCUGUAGCACUGUCACCAUCACUAACGAGCUACAUCAUCAAAGAAAAUAGGGGGCAACUCAAAUAGCCCAGGGGCCUCUGACCGUCUCUAUGCCAUGUAUGGCACUAACAAAUAAACAAAUAAAUAAAGUUUGUUUCAGGUUGA